AUGAUGAUGAUGAUGAUGGAGGAUUGUGGUUGGUCUUAUUGAGUCUCACAUGAAUGCACGAGGCCACCCAGCUGCCACUGCCAUAAGGGGCCGCCUCAAUCUACUCUGCCAUAACUUCAAUCAUGGACUUGUGGGACUUCAUUUCUCUUCCAUUUUAUGUAAUCUUUCUCUUUAUCUCUCUCGCUCUUUAUAUAUAUUAUAUAGCAUAUAUAUAGAACACACACUUAUCAUAAUAACCCCAUGAAACUAUAUAUAUUAUUUAUAUUAAUUUUUUUUCCAAACUUCUUUUGCCUUUGGCACCGCUUAAAGCCUUUUUAUAAACUAUUAUUUGAUCCAUACCACCUUAUUUUUAUGCACAAAACCCCAAGUCUAGAAGAAAUAAGCUGCCUAAGCCUAACCAGAAAUCGAUACUUGCUUAUAACAAAACUUGAAAGCAAGUCUUACCCUUCAAUAUAUAUAGCUUCUUUCUUGCGGAAUUACUUGGCUAAGCCAGUCUUUAAUAGGAGCUUAUGUCCAACCUUUGGUCCAACAGCUCUCUUUCUCUUAUUAUCAAAAAACAGCUCUCUCUCUCUCUCUCUCUCUGUCUUUUCCACACGCUUGUUUGUACACAUGCAUAUUCAUUCUUUUCCAUCAACAAUAAAAGGUCCUCAUUGCUUCCAUGAUUAAUUUUAUUUAAAGGGUAGCUCGUGUAUUUGUGUAUAUAUAUAUGUAGAGAGAGAGAGAGAGAGAGAGAGAGAGAGAGAGAGAGAGAGAGCGUGUGUUUUCUGCAUGUGUGUUAUACAAAAUGGACAAGUUAUGGAUUCUGCAAGUGACAGCAGUUUUCUUGUCCGCCAUAAUUCUUCUACUCUACAAGAACAGCUAUAGAUUCAGAUCAAAACACAGAAGAAAGCCACUUCCUUUAGGCACCCUUGGUUGGCCUUUUCUCGGUGAAACCAUCGAGUUUGUGUCCUGCGCUUACUCUGACCGCCCUGAGAGCUUCAUGGAUAAACGUCGGAGUAUGUAUGGCAAGGUGUUCAAGUCACAUAUAUUUGGAAAUCCAACAAUUGUAUCCACAGAUGCAGAAGUGAGUAAAUUUGUUCUGCAAAGUGAUGCUAAAGCUUUUGUUCCAUCUUACCCAAAAUCUCUGACUGAGCUGAUGGGGAAGUCUUCUAUAUUGCUUAUAAAUGGAAGCUUGCAAAGGAGAAUCCAUGGACUUGUAGGAGCUUUCUUUAAAUCUCCACAUCUUAAAGCUCAAAUCACCAGAGACAUGCAGAAGUAUGUCCAAGAAUCAAUGGCAAAUUGGAGUGAGGACCAUCCUACUUACAUACAAGAUGAAACAAAAACCAUUGCCUUUCAAGUUCUUGUCAAGGCAUUGAUAAGCUUAAAUCCUGGUGAUGAAAUGGAAUUCCUAAAGAAACAGUUCCAAGAAUUCAUAGCUGGCCUCAUGUCGUUACCCAUUAACAUUCCCGGAAGUACGCUUUACAGAUCGUUACAGGCAAAGAAGAAAAUGGUUAAGCUAGUGAAGAAAACUAUACAAGCCAGAAAAAAUACAAGUGGAAUCUCCAAUUUUCCAAAAGAUGUGGUAGAUGUCUUGCUGAGCGACACAAGUGAGCAAUUAACAGAUGAUCUAAUAGCAGAUAACAUGAUCGAUAUGAUGAUACCAGGAGAGGAUUCAGUGCCAGUUCUUAUGACUCUUGCAAUAAAAUACCUAUCAGAUUGCCCUGCUGCUCUACAGCAGUUAAUGGAGGAGAAUAUGAAGUUAAAAAGACAUAAAGAUCAACUUGGGGAGCCAUUAUGCUGGAGUGAUUACUUAUCUUUACCUUUUACGCAAAAUGUGAUUACAGAAACUCUAAGGAUGGGAAACAUUAUCAUUGGGGUGAUGAGGAAGGCCAUGAAAGAUGUGGAGAUAAAAGGCUAUCUCAUACCAAAAGGAUGGUGUGUUUUUGCCUAUUUUAGAUCAGUUCAUCUUGAUGAAAAUCAUUAUGACUGGCCCUACGAGUUUAAUCCAUGGAGGUGGCAAGACAAAGACAUGAGCACUUGUAACUUCACCCCUUUUGGAGGAGGACAGAGGCUGUGUCCUGGACUGGACUUAGCCAGACUGGAAGCUUCCAUUUUUCUACACCACUUUGUCACUCAAUUCAGAUUCCUGCAACCAAGAUUUUAUCUAUUGGCCAGUUACAUAGAUUUCCAAAGAUUUUAUCCAAGUGAGUUAGUAGUAGCAGACUAGAUAUAUAUGGUCCACUAAAGCAAAGACAAAUGUUAGCGGAAGAUAGCAACCUUGUAGUCAUUUUGGACUCAAAAACUUACAAGUUGCUGGAGAUAGUUCAUCCUAUCCAUGAACUUUUUCAUGGACCAAUAAUGCUAUCAGACACUUGUACCAUGUAAUAAUAGAGGGAGGGACUAAGUGCCCAAAAUUGUGACGGAAUAGAUGAUGUGCAAAUUGAUUGAUUUAGAAUCUUUUAAAUAUGUGGGCCACCUCUUCCUUGGAGAUUAAUCUGUCAAUCCAUAAACAGUUGGAAGUAUAGUCAGCUUCACAAAGAAAAUGAAACAUUAUGUAUGGAAGAUCCACCAUUCAUGAUAUCUGAUAUGAUUUUGCAUAAAAAGAUACUGUAAAUAAUCAUCUUGGCAUGUUCUAGACAAUAUCUAGUGUCUCACUCUAGCAUAAGAUUUUUCUGUAUUAUAGGGCACUAUAUCUCAAGGCUACAAAUGCUAUUUGCCGUGGAAAAAAGCAUAUUUGUUUUCUGCCUAACCUUGCUUUGACCACUUUUUUCUUAAAUAAAUAGUAGCUUUACACAUCCAUAAUCUACCAUUUCAUAAGGAGUGUACAGGUACUCAAAUUUAUAGUAGUUUACAUUCUCCUAAAAAGUAAUAUACAAUCCAUUAUUUUAUCACAGAGAAGGAAUGCUAUGGUCAAAAUAGGAUUUGGACAGACAUAGGAAUAAAUUAAUAGGGAUUAAAACCCCAAUAACUAAGUUUUUGAGAGGGUUGCUAUAAAUCUGUUAUUUCUAUUAUAAUAGGAGCAUUAGUUAUCUAUAUAUUAGAGUUUAACCU